UGUUCAUCUCUCUCGGGUUUUGCUCGCUUACAUGAAGUGGUUGCUUUAAUGCCUUCAGCAGCAGACAGACAGGCAGAUUACAGAGCGAGAGCCACUCGCCCUAUAGGAAAGAAGGAGUAAAAUAUCUCAAUAUAUUUCGAAGACUAACUGGCUGGGGGAGGUGAAUGCGCUAUUCUUGUAUCCGUAAAAGCCUGCGUUAAAUAACGACAACGAAUAACACAGCAGAGGUGAAGCAAGCAAACAAACAAACGGCCCUUGCCAGAGAGGUUUGCUGCGGAGACUGCAAGUCGUGCACGAACAGCAGCAUCGUAUCGCAGAGAUGAAAGUCAAGCAAGGCUGCGACGCGGGUGUCCCGUGUACGACUGAAGAGGUUUUGUUAAAAAGCACAGAAAUAACGCCGGAGGAUGUACUCGGGCUGCAAAAGAUCACAGACAAUUACCUCUGUGGUCCAGAGCAGAACAUACACAAGAUCGACUUCACCAGGUUCAAAAUCCGAGACAUGGAGACAGGCACGGUUCUUUUUGAGAUCACCAAACCCCCUACAACAGAGAGUGGGGAGGGCAGGACGGACUUUGACCAGAAUGCCGGGCGCUUUGUGCGUUACCAGUUCACCCCCGCUUUUCUCCGACUACGCCAGGUUGGCGCCACGGUGGAGUUCACUGUAGGCGAUGUUCCCAUCAACAACUUCCGAAUGAUCGAGAGGCACUAUUUCCGUGGGCAGCUGCUGAAAAGCUUUGACUUUGAGUUUGGUUUCUGCAUCCCGAGCAGUAAGAACACCUGUGAACACAUCUAUGAGUUCCCACCACUGUCUGAAGAUAUAAUGCGUGAAAUGAUCCUACACCCUUAUGAGACGCAAUCUGACAGCUUUUACUUUGUGGACAACAAGCUUGUGAUGCACAGUAAGGCAGAUUAUUCUUACAACGGCGGACCGUAGGAAGUCAUUCUCACCUUUUGCACUGAUUUGCAGUGGACCGGCAGAGGAACAUCUACUGAAAGUGUCAUCUAAUCUUAUAUGUGAUGAUGCAUUCGGUUAAAACAAACAAAAAAACACCCCAAUCUCAGGAUAUGUAUGUAUGUGUGUGUGUGAGAAAGAAAGAAUGUUGCUCAAAAUGGGCCAGUACUACUUUGUACUACCAAUUUCCUUAGGAUCGUGUAAAUGUGAAAACUGUCUCUUCGAGGAUAUGAGUGUGCCUGUGCACAUGUGCAUUCGUUGCAAGCUCUGUUUUUUAUGUUUUUCAAAGCCCAAAGCCAAAUAAUUUUAAACAACUGUUUAUACAGUGAUUUCGCUCAAGGCUUCUAAAGCAUAAAAAGAGCAUCACGUUGAUUUGGUUAAAGAUACAGUGGCCAAUGCAGUGUAUAAAGUAAGGGAUUCCUUUUGGUAUCUACAAAUAGGCCUGGUUUUGCUUUAUUUUUCUCACUUUAAUUUUUGAAUCUUCAUAAUUUGGGCGAUGAUGUAAGUCUAUGUUAUUUAUAUUAAUAUGCUCUUAUUUAUAUUGAUAUAUAUGUUGUCACACAUAUUUUAAUAGCAAAUUUUGUCAAAUGAUAGUGAUAGAUAUCUGUUUCAUGUGAUUUAACAAAAAAAAAGAGAGAAAUAAAAAUAGUUCUUUAAAUUA